AUGGUUGCCCAAAACCAACUAUGUGCUAGCCCAGGCGCCUGGAUUCACAUUCAAUACAACUGGGGCUAUGAUUUCAAAAAAUCAGAUUCAGAACUUCUAGCGUAUGCCCGGAGUUGCAUCGCUGUUUCACAAUGUUGGGUAGAUGGAUCAUCGGAAAUUGAAUAUUCCAUUAAGCUAACAGGCGAACCAGUUUUGAGUUUCUACAUCAUUCCACCUUACAAUGAUUACCACAAUAUGCUUAUUGCUGCUGACAAUCAAUUGGCGUCGUGGCAGGCGAGAAUGCUGAACGGUGAAAUUCUCUCCGGCGCUAUUAACUAUGCGCUUUUUGUGGAGCGGGGAUCCAUUUACAACCAUUGUGUCAUUAGCGCGACCACAGUACCAUUCGUUCCCAAGGCUGAUGAUGUUCCUGAUCCUCUCCUUUAUACAAGUGACUUUAUGUCCAUUCGAGAGGCAUAA